GGCGCACAUCCGGGCGGCGUUUCCGGGUUCCUUUGUCCCUGGCGCCGCAGCCCGCUGCUUCCCUCCCGGCCGCGCCGUCCUCUUCGCCGCCCGCAGACAAUAAACCGAUUACACCAUCCACAAUGGCACAGUUCAAGCGCCAGAAGCAGUUGCGAGCUAGUAGCCUUCAGGGAGCCAGGUCAUUCUCAGGAACCCAGCCAGCCUCUUUAUUGGGACCUGCACCUGGCCUAUUAAAUCCUCCUAUCUCAGCAGAUAUCAUUCAGGCAGCACGGCAUCUUCAGGGGGGAGAGAAACAACGCGUUUUCACCGGUAUUGUCACCAGUCUUCAUGAUUACUUCGGAGUGGUGGAUGAUGAAGUUUUCUUCCAGUUAAGCGUUGUCAAAGGUCGGAUCCCACAGAUUGGCGAAAAGGUGCUGGUGAAAGCGGUUUACAACCCUAGCCAGUCAGUACCCUGGAAUGCCUUGAAGGUUCAGACAUUGUCAAAUCAGCCUCUUCUGAAGCCUCCCACUCCUCUGCUCCACGUGGCUUCUUUGGGACAGAAGCAAGGCAUUCUGGGAGCCCAACCUCAGCUGCUCUUCCAGCCUCACCGAAUUCCACCUCUCUUUCCUCAGAAGCCCAUAAGCCUCUUCCAGACAUCCCCGUCGCUCCACCUGGGUCAUCUUGGGAGAUACAGUGGUCGGGGUCCAAAGGGCAGGCAGGAUUCCGGCAGAUGGGAUGACUUUGAUUCCAAAAAGCGGAAGCAGCGGGGAAAUGAGCCAUGGGGAGUGAAAAAGCCACGGCACGAGCCACCCCAGUACCGGGUCCAGUUGGCUUCCUAUACUGUGAACAGCCCCUUCUGUGAUGCCAUGGAAAUCCUGCGACGCUACGGCAGCAUUCAGUUGCCCAGGGAGUUCUACGAUGCUCGCCUCUGCUGGCUGGACACUUUCCCACUAACGCAGCCACUCACCCUCCGGCACCCCAGCCGUAUCCGGGUGGCCAGUUCUGCUGAAGAAACCCCUCCCGUUGAUGAGCGCUCCUCACAGGAUGCUCAGCCAGGGGAUGCCAAUUCCACAUUCAGUGCUAAGGUUUUGCUGCUGUCCUCUCCAGGCAUAGAAGAAUUCUACCGCAAUGGUUUGCUGUACGUUGAAGAUCCCAGUGACCAGAGAGAGAAUCCUGAGCACCCAACAAAGCAAAUUAAGUUCUUGCUGGGAAAGAAAGCAGAUGAGGCUGUACUGAUUGGAGGAGAGUGGUCCCCAUCGCUGGAUGGUGCUGACCCAGCUACCAACCCCAUGGCCCUGAUUCACACAGCCAUUCGUUGCACCAAAGUGCAGACUGGUUUGGACUUGAGCUCUUGCUCUAAAUGGUUCCGGUUUGCUGAGUUCAGAUACCUGCGUGAGGGAAGCCUGGCUCAUCAGGAGCGGACUGUGGUCUUCCUGCCAGACAUCUGGAGCUGCAUGCCAUCUCUGGAAGAAUGGGAGGCUGUGUGCAAACAGAAAGCAGAAAAAGCACCACCAGCAGUGUCGGAAGACAAAGCAGAAAUGGAAGAGGGAACAGAGCAGGCCUCCGAAGCUGGCCCUGAGCAAGAGGCAGAGGCCAGUGAACAGGAAGCCGACUUGAACGAACCUGCCUCUGAAUCAACCCUGGAGACCCCCGGUCCUGAACUAGAGGCUCCCACGGCUCCCUUGGAACCUGCCCUCAUUGCUCACUCACAGCCCAGCUGCACUAAUAUCUCGCUUUUCACCCUACUGGAGUACCGGCGGCAGCGGGAAAAGCUCUCCUUUGAGGUGGCCGUGGUGGCAGAGUUCUUCCAGGAGAUGCUCCAGCGGGACUUUGGCUACAAGCUGUACAAAGCGUUACUGGCCCUGCCAGAGAAGGAGGAGCCCCUGGAAGCAAAGAUCCCCGAGCUGGAAAAGGCAGCUGAAUUGGAAAAGGAGGGGGAGAGCGAGCCAAAAGAGGAGCCUCUGGAGAAGCCUGGAGUGGAGGACACGCUGGACAAUAAUGUGAAGGAGAUUCAGAAGGAGGAGGCAGGAGAUGUUGAGAAGAAGCCUGGAGGCCACGAUGGGGCCAAUUCAGCCAAGGAGGAGAAGGUCAGUGGGAAUAUCAAAACAGAACCAAAGGAUUCUACAGACGACCUCUGUGAGCUGAGCCUAGAGGAUGACCUGCUACUGCUAAGGGAGGAGGAGGAGGAGGAUUUCGGUGUCAAGUUGGAAGAUGCAGAAGUGAGAUCGGUAGCGUCCAACCAGUCAGAGAUGGAGUUUGCCUCGCUUCAUGAUGUGCCCAGAGAGCUGGACCCAAGUGCUGUGUUGCCACUGGAUGCCCUUCUUGCCUUUGUUUACUUUGACUUGAAUUUCUGCGGCUAUCUGCAUAGGAAGGAUAUGGAAAAAAUCCUUCUCACCUUGGGACUGCAUCUCUGCAAAGAGCAGGUGAAGCGCCUGGUGAACAGGGUGGUGACGCAGUUCGUGUGCCGCUACCGCAGCCUACGCUACAGCCGGCAGGAAGGAACUGAGCUGGGCCUUGAGGAGGAGCCACUAGGCAACCUCGCUCUCCUGUGCCCAGCCACCCCUGUGCCCGAGGCUCCUCCCAAGUCUCCCAGAGAAACUCAGUCUGGUAAUUUGGUUUCAUACAAUGGGGCUAUCCUCAACGUGGGCAAACUGCUGGAAAAGGCAGAGCAGACGGAAAACGGCCGACUCUAUCUGGAGAACAAAAUCCACACGCUGGAGCUCAAACUAGGCAAAUACUUCCUGGUUGCUCUUGGAGACAUUCCUCAGCCUGAAUGUCUGGGAAUCUUUGCUGGAGAAGAGACCCAGAUUCGCUUCUCCACAACAGAGGCAUCCAACAAAGCCCUGACGUUGGAGGUGCAAGAACUGCAGAAGCGCCUUACAGAGUUGGAGGAGCAGUCUAAGAUGACUGAGAGGCAAAAAUCCCAUUUUCAGAGGCUGCUGCAAGAAAAUAAGAAGCGUCUCCUUCCACUGCAGCUGGAAAUCCAAAAGAUAAUUGAGAAGACCAAUAAUUGCUUAGAAAAGAAGGACCCAACGCCCAUUUCCAGCAACUGACAUUCCCUGGAGAAAGCCGCUCAGCAGGGAAGAUCUGUACCCUGGUUUGAUAUUUGGGGUUGUGGGUCGGCAGCUGGGGUAAGCCUUUGAAACCUGAAACCCUUUCACGGCCAUGUGAAAGGCUGGAGCUGGUUUUCAUCCUAAACCACCCCAGGCUUGGGGAAGGCACCACCCAGCCUGCCAAGGGCUGGGAUUCACAGCUCUUAUGCUGGAGUCACCAUUAAUGUUUAAAGGAUACCCAUUAGGUAGGAGUUUUGAUGGUCUGUUGUGUGAGUGGAGAAGCGACGGUGUAGGUAUUCUCAGGCUGUCUGCCAGCAGCAAGCAUCGGAUGGGAAAUGUUAGCCCCGUGCUGAACCGGAUGCAGUUGUAAAUGGUCAGGGCGUCAGGAGGUGCCAACUGCCCCCAAAAGCGGGGUGAGGCUUGCCUCUUUGUGCUGCAUGGAGACAUUUCCUUCAAGCUGCCCCCCCUGCUCCAGCUUUUGCUCCAGGCAGUGCUGUGCUGCCUGCCUUUCGACUACAAGGUGCUUUGGGAAUGCAUCAAAGAGUCAUCAGAACUGGCAGGACUUCAAACAAGCACUGGAACCAAUGCCGUGUCUCCCACCUGUGCCCUCCAUGGACCGUGCAUUCAGUGCCGCAGGCUAGUUCGUGGCUGUUGCAGGCGCUGUGGUUUGAGUUCAAACCCUUGCGCAUUUAGUACAGCGUUUUAGCCAUUUUAAGGAAAACAGUGCCAUUCAGUUCCCCCUUGGCCAGUCUUGAGUCACACUCAUUUGCCAGAUGUAGCUUCAGAGGCUCAGCAACGUGCUGUGUUUGUGCUAGCCUUUCAAUGUGAGUGAACUUCUUGGCCAGGGCACUGGGGCUUUUAGGGGCUUGGGCCUGGGCAGUAGGGUGGCUGCAAUGCACUCGGCUCCCUUCUGGGGAAGUGGCAGGAGGGCUGUGCUGGGUAGGUGGCCCACUGGGUUCCUGUGGUGGUCCUUCGCAAAGUAGCUGGUGGGCCGGCACUUGGUCCCUCUUGCAGUCGGUAAGGUUUGCAUCUGCUUUGGCCACCCACUCCCCAGCCCUCAGGUGGCCUGUCACUUCUGGAUGUGUGUUGCUUUUAGUCUGUAAAUGUGGUAACAACUUCUAUUUAACUGGCCAGGUUCCCUUUUAUAAAAGUCUCUUCCUCA